AUGCAACUAGUGAAGAAUAUGCUACGAGAACCAAACAGAAUCUGUGACGUGGAGAUGAUUGAAAUGGACAACGUGUGCUAUUUUGUUACUGGAAUGUACAACAAAGUCGUUGUGUACGACACAGAGCUAAAUGAGCUGUUCAGUUACAAAACAGGCUUCUUCACACACCUUGUGAAAAUUGAAGAGAACACAAUUCUGGAGGUUGGAGCAGCAGCAACAACGCAGACUACGCUACAGAAGAACAAGAAUGGCGAAUUCGUGCGGACUACGAAAGUCCACAGCUUUGAAUUCCCAAUUCAAUGCAACAAAAUUGUCAAAUUUCGCAUUGAUUCAGCGGUUAAGGCUGUUUUGUUUGGAAAGGGCAUUUUUACGGUUAUCAGAAAACAUGAAGACGAAUUGAACUUCAAGGUCUUUGACAACUUCGAAUUGGCGAAUAUUCUGAGUGUAUUUGUUCUAUCACAAUGCACAGUUGGAUUACUCUUUGAGAACUACACGAACUAUUUCGUAACAAGCCUGGAUUGCUGUUCACAUACGCACACCAAAACACAGGUACUUGAUAGUGAUUCGAAGUUGAAUUUUAAGAAUAAGGUCAAAGGAUUCAAGAACAGACAACUCUACACGAAUCUACAAGCAUUUUAUCACGUAGACACUGUUGUAUACUGUGAUGGAAGCUGUCUGUUCUAUGAAGAGAAUAAUGUUCAAAAAUGCAAGAAACUUGGUAAGGAAGUUGGUAGCAUCAAUUCAUUUAGCUUCAAUAGUGAGAUCACCUUGGUAUAUGGAGAUGAAUACUGCUACAUGCUCAACAAAGAGUUCAAUUUGUACUAUUUGGGUGAAUCAAACAUUCGUGGUAAUAUUGUACGGGCUAAUGGAUUAAUGUUUGCUGCAACCAGUACAGGAUAUUCUCAAUUCAAAUCGGAUACAGAAAACAACAAGUUGAUUUGGUCAAAGAACAAGGAGACUGAGAAAGAGUUGAUCAACGCAUUCUACAACAGAUCAACAAAAUGCAAUGAACUCAUCACUGGAAACAAACAGAUCAGUUGCAGAUUUGAAUAUGAUGCUGGUGAAUUCAAUGACAUUGUGUACUGUUACAAGGACAUAGACAUUUGUGUGAUAAGCACCCUGAAUCAGUUUACAAUUUGGUAUAAAAAUAACACGUAUCAUGGAAAUGAUCAAAUAGUUGAUAUCAAAAUGAACAAGAAUGGUUUCAUGGCCUGUUCGAAGCGCAUUCUGUACGUCAUGAAAGGAAGUAAUUUUGAUCAAUAUUACACUGGUAAUGAGAUUGUAUUGUCCCAGUUUGGUGGAAUAAUCUACGAUAAAACCUACAUGACCAUUUUGAAAGAUGACACAGCCAGAAUCUACAAAAUUGAUAACAUUUCUGAAAUCUACGAAGUGAAGGAUGAGAUUUUUGUAGAAGAACCAGGUGAAGAAACUCGCAUUUUCUACGAUUUUGAGGAGAAUAUCGCAGAAAAAUACGGUGAUGAAAUUGGCGUAUACACAAUAUUGGAUACUGUGGUAAAGGAUGGAAUAACAUUUGAGUACUACGAUCAAGUAUUCAUCACAAAGCCAUCCAAAGAAUACACAGACCCAGAUAUCACAAAAUUGAACCUGAAUACAAAUCAGAAUACAGGAAAUCCAAUAAUUGAAGCAUUCUACACAAACGAAGUCAGAAGAUUCAAACGCAUUGAAACUAUCAAUCAAAGGAAGGCCAUGAUAACAAAACACAUCAAACUAAGAGACAGAAUGAUCCAUCACAGUUCUCUAGGCACCAUCAUCACCAAAUACGACACAUUUGUCUUUGGUAAAAGAGGAAUAGACUACAUUUGCGUAGAGAAUAAGAUAGUUAGGUUUGAUAGGAAGAAGGUGCAGUUAACAACCACUGAAUUGGAAUUAGAAUUCAUCAAUUUCGAGGAUGAUUACAGAAACAGUCUUGUAUUUGAAAACAAGGAGUAUUUGAUCUAUGAGAAAUACGAUAGAAACAUCCACGAACUGUUUCUCUGUAGAAAGAACAGAAACAAAAUUGUAUUCAUCACCAGCCUCAAAUACGAAGUAGCAACCAAAUGCAUUGUAGAACGAAUCAACGAGAACAGAAUUGCACUGGUUGUGAAUGAUAUCGUAGAUGGAUUUGUACUGGUAAUUUAUGAUAUUGGCAAUUUCAAGCUGACUGAGGCAAUAAGGUACCCAAUCAGUCACAAAGUCAUAGCAGUUGCCCAUAAUCCAAUCAAUAACUCCCUGUGUGUCUGCACCAGUAGAAACAUUCUGGUUUUCAAACUGUACAACAACCUGAUCAAAUUGAUCAACACCUUGAGUUGUGAGAAUGUGAUCUACGUCAGACGAAUGAUGCUGAUCAAUAUCACAUUGGUUCUUGAGAUGAAUCACAAUGCAUACACAGUGAUCAACAACAUCUUCUACACCAAAGACAGUGAUUGUCCUAACAGACCCAUUCCAUACAUUGUUCCUGAUUCAACUGCUACCAAAUACGCUGAUGGAUCUGAUAUUGAGCUAAAUGGCCUGAUUCAGAAGGAGGAGCCAAACGAUGAUGAAUUCCGCUUUGAAGACAGACUGAAAAACACCUACGAAUUCCACAUUCCAUCCACAUCCCAGUUCAAGCCAGGCCUCCUCUUUGAACUGUUCAAGUUCCAUCCCCCAUCAUCAAUGGAAAUAAUGCACGAGUUCAUGGUAGAGGAUUACUCCCUAUACAACUUGAUAGUUGAUCCAUCCAUCACCAGUAUCACGUACACAAAUGGACUAGUUGUGUCAAAACAUGAUGGAUCAGUCUACCUCUUUGAUUAG